AUGUCACUUGUGGCAUACGGAGACAGUGAUUGCGAUUCGGAUGAAGAUAAUGGUGAAGUAAUAGUGCCAUCACCCAAUGUUGUAAAAGUAACUACAAAAACAAUAAUUGGUAGUAAGCCAUUUUUAACGCUGCCUAAACCCAAAUCUAUUGAAAACUCAAAAACAAUAGAUGAUUAUGAUUCAGUUGACAAAGAAAAACCAGUGGUACAAACAAAACUUCCAAUUGUCAAUAGCGUUCAAGAGAAAAAAGAAAUCCCUUUAUUCCCCACAUUACCUAAACCUAAAACCGGAGGAAAAGUCAAAAUAAUAAUUCCUUCAUUAAAUGAAUUUUAUGAUGAAGAUGACGAUUAUCAACCAAAAUGUAAAAUUAUCAAACCUUCAAAUAGCGGAUGCGGCUUAUUCUCCAUGUUGCCUGAUCCCAAAAAUAAAAAAACGAGCAAAGCUUCAACUACUAUAUCAAUGGUUCCUAGAGCGACAAUGAGGAAUGUUAAAAAUCUUAAGGAAAAUCCUAAACCCAAAACAUUAGAAAUUAAGUGUUUUGAUACUAAACCAAUUGAAGUUGAAGAUGAAGCCGAUGAUGAUGAUCAAGGAGAUGGCGAUUUCUUAGGAUUGAACAAAAUAAAUGAAGUACUUGAUGUAGAGCCUAUUGCUGGGUUUGAUUUACCUGAAAUACAAACUAAUACAACUAUAAUUGAAGAGGACAGAGUUUAUGGACCAGUGUAUUGUUCUGAACCCAACAAAUCCGACCUUUAUGAAGAGGAUGAAACAAAACUAAUUCUUGACUCAAAUGCUUUAAAACAACUUAGUGAUCCUAGCAAGACUCAAAUAAAACAAGUUGACGUAAUAAAUGUGGAUAUGCGUCAAGUGAUGGAAGAGUCUCAACAGUGGUUACAAAAGAACAUAACAGAGGAAUAUGCUGAAAGUAAAAAUAUCAGUAGUGAUAUUAAUAUAAGUGGGCAAUCAAAACGCAAACACCAGAUAACAUAUUUAGCUCAACAGGCUAAAGCCAAUGAGUUGAAACUUAAAAACAUGUGGGCUGAGAAUAGAAUGACCAGGAAGCAAACACAAGCUAAAUAUGGAUUUUAA